AUUCCGGAAAUGACCGACUCGACAGAGUAUUUAAAGAGCGCCCACCGUUUCUUCCUUUUGUCGUCAAUUUCAAAUUCUUCUCACAAAGUAAACACGCAGCAAUGGCAAGAAAGUUCUUGGUCGGUGGCAACUGGAAGAUGAAUGGGUCCGUCAAGUUGGCGGAAACCAUCGUCAACGCUCUCAACCAGGGCAAAUGGAGCCCCAACGUUGAGGUCGUCAUUGCCCCUCCUUUCCCGUAUCUUCAAUUGGUCCGUAACACCCUCCGCAAAGACGUUGGCGUAUCUGCCCAGAACUGCUACACGGAAUCCAAAGGCGCAUACACUGGCGAAGUGAGCACCGAAAUGCUCAAGGACCUCAGCAUUGGUUGGGUCAUUCUCGGGCACUCGGAACGCCGAAUGAUAUUUGGGGAAUCGGACGAGUUCGUAGGGAAAAAGGUGCACGCUGCCGUCAAGGCUGGCUUGAGCGUCAUUGCUUGUGUCGGCGAGCAAGACGCCGAGCGCGAGGCGGGACAGACGACCGCCGUCGUAUUCCGCCAAAUUAAGGCCAUCGCCGACCAGUUGGCCCCCGCCGACUGGGCGAACGUCGUUAUCGCAUAUGAGCCUGUGUGGGCCAUCGGUACCGGUAAGGUAGCUACACCUCAACAGGCUCAGGAAGUUCACAACGAGCUUCGUGGCUGGCUAGCCAAGAAUGUCUCCCAGGAGGUGGCAGAUGCGACGCGCAUUUUGUAUGGAGGAUCAGUGAGUGCCAAGUCCGCACCGGAUUUGCAACAAGAACAAGACAUCGAUGGGUUCUUGGUCGGGGGUGCGUCUUUGAAGGACCAAGAGUUCCUUCAGAUUAUCAGCAGCAGACAGUAACUAUCAUAUAGUACUGGCAUCUUUGGUGCCAUUGGUCAUUGUUAAUAGAAGCAUACCUGAACCACAACUCUUGUGCUCUUCAGAUCCCAACCUGCUUCGGUAUCCGGACGAUGGCGCUUGUAAUGAUAGCAUCCAGGAAUUUAUUUCUAUAAAGGUCUUCUCGGUCUUUUCCGAGAACUACCUGCACUUGUGGGAAUUGCAUCUCGAUCCCUUGUUCGACGUAACGGUCGAUCUACCACCAUGUCGUCUGGGCUGUCAUUAGCCGUCCCAUUCAUGUCUACAUUCUCAUCGUCCUCCUGCUCCUCUUCCUCAUCACAUUGAAGACUCAAUGUUGACUGGCUCGCAGAAACUCUACGCGAGGUUCGUCGCCCCGUGUUCCCUGUCCGAUGCUCGCCAGUUCCGAGCAGAAUACCUCUCCACUCGCUUUGGCAAGAUGGGCAAACAUUCUGAUUUCUCCUCGAAAAAUAUUGUCUGCUGCAAUGCGAAUGAAGCCGAGUCUGGCAGUUUGCAACGUUACAUCGCUCGUACUGGCAGCGGCAAGCAUUAGGCGCAUUCUCAAGUGCACACGAGGGUCCAAGACGU